UCGUACUUGUCAUUAUUUUUGUAUAAUUUUUAAUAAUACAGUUCCAGCCUAUCACGCUUGCAUUUCCAGCAGCGAGUUUAAAUCUGUAUCCUAUACGCUAUGGUUCUCUCUACUGUUCAACCUCCCGAACUACGAUCUUCUAGCACUGUUGAUUCGAUUUUCGCCUCACGAUAUGUUCAAGAUCCACUACCAAGAUACAGGAUGGCGGAGAGCUCAAUUCCGAAAGAGGCAGCUUAUCAAAUAAUACACGAUGAACUUCUGUUAGAUGGUAACCCAAGGCUAAAUUUAGCUUCAUUUGUUACAACAUGGAUGGAACCCGAAUGCGAUCAACUCAUUCUGGAAGGCAUGAACAAAAACUAUGUGGACAUGGAUGAGUACCCGAUUACCACUGAAUUGCAGAACCGGUGUGUAAAUAUCAUAGCGCACCUAUUCAAUGCUCCUGUCAACGAAAAUGAAGCAGCAGUUGGUGUGGGAACCGUGGGUUCAUCAGAGGCUAUAAUGUUGGCUGGCUUGGCAUUCAAGAAAAAAUGGCAGAACAAGAGAAAGGCGGAGGGAAAAUCAUGUGACAGACCAAAUAUUGUUACUGGUUCCAACGUUCAGGUCUGUUGGGAAAAAUUUGCAAGAUAUUUUGAGGUGGAACUGAAAGAAGUUAAAGUGGUAGAAGGGUAUUAUGUGAUGGAUCCAGUAAAAGCAGUGGAAAUGGUGGAUGAAAACACAAUAUGUGUUGCUGCAAUUCUAGGGUCGACCUAUAACGGCGAAUUCGAAGAUGUCAAGCUUUUGAAUGAUCUUCUUGAACAAAAAAACAAGACAACCGGAUGGAAUACACCAAUUCAUGUUGAUGCAGCGAGUGGUGGAUUCGUAGCACCAUUUCUAUACCCAGAGUUGGUAUGGGAUUUUAGAUUACCAUUAGUGAAGAGUAUAAAUGUGAGUGGUCACAAGUAUGGUCUUGUCUAUGCGGGUGUCGGUUGGGUCAUUUGGAGGAGCAAAGAAGAUUUACCUGAAGAACUCAUCUUCCAUAUAAAUUACUUGGGCGCUGACCAACCCACCUUCACUUUAAACUUCUCCAAAGGAUCUAGUCAGAUCAUUGCACAAUAUUAUCAGUUCCUGCGGAUGGGAUUCGAGGGGUACAAAAACGUAAUGAAAAAUUGCAUGGAGAGUGCGAGACAGCUACGACAAGGACUAGAAAAAACUGGUUGUUUUGAUAUUGUCUCCAAAGAAAAAGGGUUACCUCUGGUUGCCUUUGCAUUCAAGGACAAGGCUAAACAAGGGUUAGCAUACAAAUUAUCAAAGGCUUUAAGACACUACGGAUGGAUCAUACCGGCGUACAAUAUGCCACCAAAUGCUGAGCAUGUCAUCAUCCUUCGCGUUGUAGUUCGAGAAGAUUUCGGGCGACAACUUGUUGAAAAAUUGCUCUCUCACUUGAAAAUUGUAUUGAAUGAGCUUGAUGAUGAUGCCCCGCCUGUUCCAAAGAUAACGUUUACUAUCGACCUGAAACCGAACGUUAUAAAGGGAGAAAAUGGUGAUGGUGGCGGUGUUUUGCAUGUUCCUGGUGCUUCUGUUUAUUGGAAGCAAGAAAAACCUGAAACUGUGCACAAGGAAAUAUUGUUGGUCGAUGAGAAGACAAAAGGCAUUUGUUGAGUUUUAUUACUCUACACCUGUUUCUGUAAAAAAGUGAAAAGGCAUUUGUUGAGUUUUAUUACUCUACACCUGUUUCUGUAAAAAAGUGUUACUGUCACUUUUUUCAUUUUAACGUAUUUACUAAGAUGAUAAUAUUGAUAAUUAUGAUGGAAAAAUGGAAAAUGUAAUGAGACAGACAUAAAAUCUUUAUUUAUUCAUAUAAUUUGAUUA